CUCGGCCAGCACCUGCCCUGCGCCAAGCAACGUGCUUCUUUUUACCAUCUAAUAAGCCAUUCCUCCCAGUGUCCCCCGAACAUGGCAUGCCUUAUCUCUCUGUCUCUUCUCUUGUUAUAUUCCUCCUUCCAUGUCUCCUCCUCCUUCUCCGACGGACUGUUGGCAAAUGGGAAUUUUGAGCAGGGUCCCAAGCCAUCAGACAUGAACGGCACGGUGGUAAUUGGCGGCAGCCGGGCCAUACCGGAGUGGGAAAUAUCAGGCUUCGUGGAGUACAUAGAAUCAGGACACAGGCAGGGUGAUAUGUUGCUGGUGGUCCCGGAAGGAGCCUAUGCAGUGAGGCUUGGCAACGAGGCGUCCAUUGGGCAAAGCAUAAAGGUAGUAAAGGGCAUGUACUAUUCCAUCUCCUUCGUGGCUGCACGUACAUGUGCUCAAGAGGAGCAAUUGAACGUGUCUGUUUCGCCUCACUCUGGUGUGCUUCCAAUGCAAACUCUGUACAGCAGCAAUGGUUGGGAUGCCUAUGCUUGGGCCUUCAAGGCCCAAUACCAAGAGGCCCAGAUACUGAUCCACAACCCAGGAGUGGAGGAGGACCCAGCCUGUGGCCCACUCAUUGAUUCUGUUGCUGUCAAAGCCUUAUACCCUCCAAGACCUACUAACAAUGUUAAAUAUUCUGCAGGGAACAUACUGAAGAAUGGUGGGUUUGAAGAAGGACCGUACGUGUUCCCCAACACAUCUUGGGGUGUGCUUAUCCCACCCAACAUUGAAGACGGCCACUCGCCGUUGCCGGGAUGGACGGUAGAGUCUCUGAAGGCCGUGAAAUACGUAGACUCGGAUCAUUUCUCAGUUCCUCAAGGAAGAAGAGCCGUGGAGCUCGUGGCCGGCAAAGAGAGUGCCAUAGCCCAAGUGGCCAGAACCGUCCCUGGCAAAACCUACGUGCUCUCAUUCGCAGUGGGAGACGCUAACAACGCAUGCGAAGGAUCUCUGAUUGUUGAAGCUUUUGCAGGCAAAGACACGAUGAAAGUGCCGUACGAGUCCAAAGGAAAGGGAGGGUUUAAACGCGCGGUUCUCAAGUUUGUGGCUGUUAGUCCCAGAACUCGCAUCAUGUUCCUCAGCACAUUCUACACUAUGAGAAGCAAUGACUACUCUUCCUUGUGUGGGCCAGUCAUUGAUGACGUUAAGCUCUUGAGUGUUCGUAAACUAUAACAAAUGGAUCUAGCUAAUUUAUCACAAUUGUUAUUACGAGCCUUA